UCAUUUCGUCAAAUGUAUGCUAGUAAUUCGCCGAAAUACUGAGUGGAUGACAUUGCCUCAGUGCGUUCCUAAUCCGGUUUAAAGGAUAUUUAAGUAGGGCGCUUGGCAUAUGCCUUUCUAUUCGACUGAUUGCGUUUUACGACGAGGCGAUGUUGACGCGUGUUGCUCUGGUUAUUUCAGCCCUGUUUCUAGUUAUUUUCGUUCAGCAUUGUCUGAGUGGCGUCCUUAAUUAUCGUCGAAGUGGAUUUGGGGAGCACAAACCACAGAUCUGGUCAGGACCUAGUCCGUGUUUUGAUAAAGAUGGAGUUAUGAAAUUUCCUCCGCCUAAAGACCCCCCUUGGUUUACUGACGAUAAAUGUCAUAUGAGUGUCUGUGCAGGGGCGCUCGUGUUAACCAAGUCCAUGUGUUUUAUGAAAGGAGCUUCAUGUCCUCCAGGUCAAUACUUGGCGGUAGGUCCCAAGCCUUCUUCUCCUGCAGACUGCUGUGUGUGUAAACCAUGUAAGUUUAGCGUUGAAAACUACGCCUCUGAUCUAUUUUCAACAUAAUUCUUUAGAUCCGUAGAAAACCCAGGAAGUGAACGAAGAUUGAUAUGGAUCAAAGUAAAAAAGGCGAGACCGACGGUUUCUUUGUCCAAGUUUUGUUACAACUGAAAAGUCAUUAAAAACAGUUUUGCAUUUUGUUGGCGAACUCUUCGGGUUUAGAUUUUAAAAAUAUCACGAGGCGGGAGAGAGGGAGGGGUCCGGGAGUCCUCCCUUUUGCUUCAAAAUGUAACACCCGAAGGACCAAACAUCUCCCCUUUUAUUGGAACACGAAUUGGUUAACUACACUGUCCCCAGUUUCUCCUCUUCCAGUAGACUAAUGUUCAAGAGAGGCCCAUUAUAGGUGGGGCGGGGGAUGUGAUAUUAUGGCCUAAAUAUCCCGUAUCCCGUUAAUUCCACGUUUUAUCUGAUCUAAAUAUCCCGUAUCUCAUGAAUGUUUCCCCCAAGUAUCCUGUCUCCCGUUACUUUUUUCCCUAAAUUUCCCGUAUCCCGAAACCCCCUUAUGGGGCGCGACUAGAAGAAACAACUCUUGAGAAUAACUUGCAUGAAACAUGAAUGCCUUCCACAAGUUCAUAGAACUCUGAUGGUACAUAACCUGGGAAGUGAGUUUAAUUAUUAAUUAUUCUUCGUCAUUUUAAAUAACCCAGAUGAGCCCCUGUAACAAGCAGCAACGAAAGAACACUGUUACCGAGGAUAAAACUUCCUACCUACUCUAACGAAACAGCAAACAGCAAAGAAGAAUAUGACUUCUUAACAACCCUCAGGCAGUCGCCGCUGCAUCGAGAUUCUGAUAACAGAGAAGAUUGGUUUCCAGCGGCCCUGAUCGACGAAUACCAGUCUUCAAUUUACACUCGAACACUUUACAAAUUUUAUUAACGUACCAGUCAGAGCAUGGCAUGAUUGAUUGACAUACGAUGUCGCGAUAGCAUGACUGAUUCUUUGGCGAAAACCGCUGGCUAAGUAAAUUAAGUUGGAGUUACAGCUGCAGGUUAUUUGAACUCACGCAGCCGCGUUUCACGAGGAAACAAAUAAGGAAGGACCUUUUAUUUAAACUCUUUUACCAUUAGUUUGGUUUCAUCAUCAAUAUCGCUGCGGACGAUUCUUCCAAAGAUCAGUAAAAAUUUUUGUCUGGUUUAUCUCGUUGAAAAACAAACGCUUUUAUAUCGCUGCCCUUGAGUCAGUCUAAAUAUCUGCUGUUAAGAAUGAAAUAAAGCAUUUAUAUAGCACUUCUAAAAUAUAAGAAAUAUUUCAAUGCACGAUGUGAAAAAUAUGAAAAAAAAAAUGAUAUAAUACAAUAAUAUGUAAAAAGUAUCUACUGAUGUUUUAUGUUACUUAAAUAAAAGUCGUCAAGUUCUCCUACUGACUUUUUGGGUCAGAGGAAUGGGUUGUUGACCAAGCGUGAGGUCAAGGUAAUGUGCCUGAUUCUUUUUUUGUGUUUAUGGUCCAAGACAUAGUCGAGCUCCAUAAUCAUACAAAAAAAUGACGCCAAGAUCCAACCAUCCUGACAGAGCAAACUUACUCAAUAAAGAAUUUAUUAUAUGGCCGGCGAGCACUUGGCCGGCGCAUUUUGGACACUACUGCCCGUUCGGACAGCCAAUCACAGCGCAGGAUUGUGGUUAUCAGUUAUUUCUGCUCCAGAGCCGUUUUAUGUCCCGCAGCAGUGGUGUUUUGUUGUUGGUCAAAGCUGCUGAGCAUCGCGUCAUUGUAAUGGUGAAUUUAAAGAAGGCAGUCGGAGUUAAUAUGAGCUUACUUCGCUCCAACAGGAUUAAGCGCCCUCUUUCUCACUACCAGCUGAAUUCUGGAAGUCUUGGCUGGUCUUACAAGUGAGGUAAAGUAAAACCAUUUAGCAGUCACUGACGAAUAUUUGCGUGCUGAGGUGGGCCACCUGUUUCGUUUCCUCUGAUUUUGAAAGAAACUGAGAAAACAGGGUCAUCUUGACGCGAUAGAAGUCAUCGCUAUCGAAAUCGUGAGCCAGAACGGAGAACCGCGAUCUUUCUCAUGUUUCACUAAAAAUGCUCUGAUGCUGCUAAAUUUGCACCACGUAGACAACCAAUGAAAAUAAUUCUUUUCAUCAUGGACCAGAAUCUAGUGCAUUAUUAGCGUGUAUACCAAAAACAACAACAAACGCGAAAAAAAUGACUGACGGAGGCAGGUGCCUCGGUUUGCCAGUUAGUAGCUACGACCAGUCUUCUCGUGCUGUCAUAUCACAAAGUGACACGGGGUACUUUGAUAGCCCUCCACGUGUAACAAUAAACACUCUUUUUGAAAAGUUGUAGUGUUUACGUCUAGAAAAAAGCAAAUAUUGAUUUGCAUGAGGAUUGCUUUUGUCGUUCAAGAAGCAAGCUGAAUAUUUCAACACAGGGUUUCUCUCAUUACGGACAGAGCUUUGGGGGAUUCCUUAACGGACGGCCAACACAAAAAAAUGUAAAAAAAAAAAAGAAGUAAGUUUAACGCUUUUCAAGCUCUUAACGGCUCUUGGAUAACGUCUUGUUUCUCGUCGACAUUUCCAUGACUUACAUGUAAAGUUAUGCAUACGGCUGCCUUGAAAAUUUAAAAUUAGGAAAUCUGAUAAUCACCCCAGUGUGACGUGUUCGUAUAAAUGCAGACAAAAACCCUGAAGAGGACCUAGCUGGAGCUGAAAUCAGUUGUGUGUUGACAUCUGGCCUUGACACUUCAGAUCAAAGUCUUGCUUAAGGUGUGCGACUGUAAUGCUAUUUUUUGGUUAACGAGAUUUUCGUUUUCUCUCAAGGUGAAUACUUGGUGGUAGUUCCAGACUCUU